CUGACGUCAGACCUGCGUGGAGAUGGGAGUUACAUCACGUAGCCGGCUCACUACUUCCUCCAUACAGUAGGUACUAUCUGAGGCUCUAAAAAGACUCCAAAAAACCUCUCUGGAUCAUUUCUUUGUAGUCGAUUCAAAUAACGACACACUCCUUAAACAAGUCAAGAUGUCUUCUUACGAGGAGAAUGAGUCUAAGUUCAUGCGAAAAGCAAAGGAGAAUCCAUUUGUCCCAUUGGGAAUGGCUGGAUUCUUUGCCAUUGUGGGGUACAGACUGAUGAAAAUGAAAAGUCGGGGAGACACAAAAAUGUCAGUUCACCUGAUCCACAUGCGUGUAGCUGCCCAAGGCUUUGUGGUCGGCGCCAUGACUGUUGGGGUUCUGUAUUCAAUGUACAGAGACUACAUUGUAAAACCCAGAGAAGAACAGAAAGCAUUGGAAAAAAAGUGAACAUGGACUCUUACACUGACAUUUUAUGUCCCUUAAUAUUACCUCAUAUUAAGGUGUGUAGAACAUUUAUAUUUACAGAUGUGUCAUCAUUUUUGUAUGCACACGCCCUUUCAGCAGCUCACUCACCUCUACUGUAAAUAGGUAUAACUUAUUGAGUACACUUCCUAUCCUCUAAGUAAUAUACCAGAGGGUCAAGCUGUCACUUUUGUAUUGAGAAGGAGGUGUAUUGAUCUCAAUCUUUUAACACUGAUUACGCUCCGUGUGUUUGCUGCUGUAAACCCAGCUGGUUUUAUAUAUGUGUGGACAGGUGACAUGACCAAUUUUUGUUGCCUCCUAUUUGAAUGGUGUGUGAGUGAAAUAGCAAAAAC